AUCAAACAUUGAAUUAUUAAGAUGACCGGCGUGCAAGGCGAUUGAAAUUGAUCCAAUUCUCUUUCUAUUCACAACUCAGAAAAGUCCUAUGUUGCUAUCUCCUCCUUUCUUCCAAGAAAGACAUGGAGAUUAAGUUUUGCAGCCAUGGACACCCGUUGGUGCUUGCAGAAGAGAUGGAUGAUGAAAGCCCAAAAAAUUAUUGCUUUGGAUGUGAGGAAGCAGUAGAAGGUUCCAGCUAUAGCUGUGGCAAGUGCAUCUUUUUCCUUCAUAAGAACUGUGCCCAGCUACCAGGUCAGAUCUAUCGUCUCUCUCACCCGCAACACAAUCUUGUCCUUUUUAACCAUAUUGAAAAGUGGUGGUUUUUUUGCAAUUGCAACCUUGACAUUAGAUGUGCUAUGCAUCCAUGAUUUGUCACUGGAGAUUCUCUAAAGCUUCAUCAUUUUAGCCAAGAUCUUCCAUGUACCUUUGUUAAACAAAUUGAUCUUGGAAGAAAAAUUGAAGUUUGCUCAAGUAAAUGUAAGAGGAUCAUGUCAAGUCCUUUCUACUAUUGUCUUGAUUGUAUAUUUCACCUUUAGGAGAAAUGUGCAGAGUUACCUCUUGAGAUCAAUCGCCCUAGCCACCGAAAACACUCUCUUAUUCUUUUUGGUCAAACCCCCACCACAUCAACAUAAUGUUCUUGCCAUUUGUGCAACAUGUCUUAUGAAGAAGAAUUUGUCUAGUAUAGUAUUAUAGCUGAAACUCAUGAACAUCCGUUGACCCCUUUUCAGCCACAAUUCAUUCAUUUGCAAUGCAUGUGGAAGUGAUGGAAAUCAGUUUAGCUUUCCUUACAUAUGUUCUAAAAUGCAAUUCUGCUUUUAAAUUAUACCUGCCUUGUGCUACCAAACAAGAUGAUCUGAGCAAAUGAUUGUGUGACAUUUUAAGAACGAAGAGACCCAAAUCAAUGGUUUUAUUGUUGAGUGCCAGUUGCGAUGUUUCUACUCAUCUUGAUUGUGUGGCAAUGCCCAAGCUGGGGGAACCAUUCAAGUAUGCUGAUGAUGAACACCAUGUCACAUUUGUGAAGAUAGAUUUUAACCCUCGCCUAAAUGCAGCAAGUGUGAUAAACCUUGUAGAGAUGAUCUAUCCCUUCAAUACUCAAGGUCAGACUGCAACUACAUAUUCCAGCGGAUGUGUCUAGACGAUAUGUAUCUUCUACGUGAAGACUAAAGAGGUGGUUGUGGUUUUGUUUUUAUGUAUUGAUUGGAAUUCAAAAUCUUGUAUUUUUAUUAAAAAAAUUACCAUUAAAUUACUUAAAUUAUUAGUAUUUGUAACAUUUCUUGUAAAAAUUGAAUGUGUUUCUAUAAAAAUUGCAAUGUAAG